GGGCUGGUUGCUUCGGAGGGAGGGAGGCGAGGGGGGGCUUCAGCGGGUGUAAUUUACAAGGGACGUUUGGGGACUGUGGCUGCAGGAGGCAGGAAAGAAAAAGAGUGGGGUGCUGGGCUGCUCCGGUAGAUGUUUCCCUGUUGUUUGGUGCAUGAUUUAGAGAAGAGGAGGAGCUGGAACCAGCGAGUGGCAGAGGCAGGAGAUAGGGGGGUUUGCGCUGCUGCUGGGGGGCCCCUUUCUCUGCCUCUCUUGCUCCCCGGGUGUAGCAUCUAGAGCUCUCCCGGCGUUGGCUCUGCUGUCCCCGGGUGGGGGUUCGCAGGCAGAGGGCGCGUGCCUCCCUCGCUCCGUGGUGCGGGGUGUGUGUGUUUUCGGGGGGUGGGGGUUGUGUCUGAACCAGUUAGGAAGAAUGACUCUGGAGUCCAUCAUGGCGUGCUGCCUGAGCGAGGAAGCCAAAGAAGCCAGGCGGAUCAACGAUGAGAUCGAGAGGCAGCUCCGCCGGGACAAGCGGGACGCCCGCCGGGAGCUCAAGCUGCUGCUGCUGGGUACGGGAGAAAGUGGCAAAAGCACAUUCAUCAAACAGAUGAGAAUCAUACAUGGAUCAGGAUACUCUGACGAAGACAAAAGGGGUUUCACAAAACUCGUGUAUCAGAAUAUAUUUACAGCAAUGCAAGCUAUGAUCAGAGCUAUGGAUACACUCAAAAUCCCAUACAAGUACGAACACAAUAAGGCCCAUGCACAGUUAGUUCGAGAAGUUGAUAUAGAGAAGGUAUCAGCAUUUGAGAAUCCCUACGUAGAUGCAAUAAAGAGUUUAUGGAAUGACCCUGGGAUCCAAGAGUGUUAUGACAGACGGCGGGAAUAUCAGCUAUCAGACUCAACUAAAUACUAUCUUAACGACCUGGACCGUAUAGCAGAACCUGCCUAUCUGCCCACCCAACAAGAUGUGCUUAGAGUUCGAGUCCCAACAACAGGGAUCAUUGAAUAUCCAUUCGACUUACAAAGCGUCAUUUUCAGAAUGGUGGAUGUAGGAGGCCAACGAUCAGAAAGAAGAAAAUGGAUACAUUGCUUUGAAAAUGUCACAUCUAUCAUGUUUCUAGUAGCCCUUAGUGAAUAUGAUCAAGUACUUGUGGAGUCAGACAAUGAGAACCGAAUGGAGGAAAGCAAAGCACUGUUUAGGACAAUUAUCACAUAUCCGUGGUUCCAGAACUCUUCGGUCAUUCUGUUCUUAAAUAAAAAAGAUCUUCUAGAGGAGAAAAUUAUGUACUCCCAUCUAGUUGACUAUUUCCCAGAGUAUGAUGGACCCCAGCGAGAUGCACAGGCGGCACGAGAGUUCAUUUUGAAGAUGUUCGUGGACCUGAAUCCAGACAGUGAUAAAAUUAUCUACUCUCACUUCACAUGUGCUACAGACACAGAGAAUAUCCGCUUCGUCUUUGCUGCUGUCAAGGACACUAUCCUACAGUUAAACCUGAAGGAGUACAACCUGGUCUAACUGUGCCUAGUAGGCCCCCCAAAAUUCCCUUCGGGCAAUUGAAGAUAUACAAGAGGGACUGUAUUAUCUGUGAAAACGACUUGCAUAAUACUAAUUUAUUGCCGGCCUGGACUCUGUGAAUGUUCACAGAGUUUGUAGUAAAUAUUAUGAUUUUAUUUAAACUAUAUUGAGGAAAAACAAAAGAUGCUGAAAUACAUUCACAGCAUGUUUCCUCAUUUUUUUAGGCAAAACCUUGUGACUCAAUGUGUUUUAAAUUCUCAGUCAUGCACUCACAAAGGAUAGGGGGUUUUUUUGCUAUUAAGGGAAAAUCAAGCUGGUUUCCCCUUUCCCUGACUUUCUUUCUCACUCUCUCCCCUUUCCUCCACUGCAUUUUAUUAUUGUUUUCAAAGGUACAAUGGCCUUAUUUUUCAGUUGCAUUCCUUGGCAGACUGUUUUCUCUACAGUGAUCUGAUCAGGAAAAUACUAUCCUCACAAUUUAAGCCAUCAAUCAUUCUAAUUUUACAGUAUGUACUUUUUCUGAAGGAUCAAAAGUAUUGAUACUGUGAUUUUAAAAUUCUUGACAUGGAUAUUUUGCAAACUGUCUUCACGCUGUGGUUAAGGAUAUUGGGUUCAAAAACAGCAGUUGUAGUAACAUGGAUUUUAACUUUAGCUAUAACGUGGCAAAUCAGAACAAUGCAUAGAAGACAGUAAUAAAAUGACUAAGGCAAAAUGGUGAUGUGGAAUAUGAUCGAAUUUCUUUUUAAUUGUCAUGUGUCCUUUCUUCUUUCUUUUCUUUCAAAUCAUAGAUGCCAAACAAAAAUGCCAUAGACACUACAUUUUCCCCAGAGGCUACAGCCUGAAACAGUGUUUUUUCAGGUUGGCUUUGUUUGUUUGUUUUUUAUUUUUUGUUUUGGUUUGGUUUGGUUUUUUUUUUAGUUAGAGCUUUUUAAAUAUUUUUGACCACAAUUUAAACAUUAUUUUUAUUGAAUUAAAAAAAUUCAUGUUGCCAAACGUGGCUUUUUAUAAAACAAAUAGCUUUGAAACGUAAGAUACUAAUUGAAAUGCCAAAUUGAUUGAUUGGGAAACGACCAGAUUGAGACAACUGCCAAAUGAUAAAGAAUUGAAGUUUUAACUCAUAUGUUCCUCUCCCCCUGCUUUUUUUAAAGACAGUGUUCCAUUUUGAAUGCCAAAAACAGCAGCGUGAGUGAAAAUGCUGUUGGGUGCAUCAUGCACAUGCAUAUUGUCUAUACUAAUUUAAAGACAAUUUUACUCUGUCCGUAUGUCAAAGAUAGUAUGAGAAUACAGGGAACAUUUUCUGCAGUAAUAUCAGGGCACCUUUAAUUGUAAAACAUGAAAUUACUGAUGAAUAAUCAUAUUCAGGACCCUGUCUUGAUACAGUUGCUAGUUAAUGGAUUGACAGAUAUCUAAUAGGCUUAAUACAAAGUAGCCUCUCUCAGUGUUCCAUAGAAAUAUUUAUUAAACGAAACAGCAAAUAUCUUACUUUUGAACUCUAAAUGUGCAAUUUUUUUAAACAACAAAGACAGCACACACAUGUAUGAGGCUCUAUUCUGCAGGUUGGGUUGAAAAAACAUUUUUUAACCAGUCACAAGACUGCUAGCAAGCUGCAGAGAACUCAGAGGUCUGACAUGUAAUUGGACUGAUUAUCCACAAUAUCAUGUAGCACUAGAGUGCAUUUAUGUAGAAGUUGCUCCUUCAGAGCAGCGUGAGGAGGGGAGAAUGGCUUACUAGUUGAGUACCAAAGUUAACAAUAAAUACUAAUGAGAUGUGGUUCAUCUUUAACCCGCCCCUCCAAUGCAAAACAACAAUAAUAACAAAAGUUGUAUUUUUUUCUCCUUCAUGAGACACUAUGUAAUUUAAAACUGGUUGUAGGUAUAGUGCAAUUAUGAAUGCUAUAAUCAUUGUACAUGCAUACAUACAUACAUACACGCAUAUAUAUAUAUAUAUGUGUGUGUGUGUGUAUGUAUAUAAUAUAGCAGCAUCCAUAUUGGCUUUGUAAUCAUUAAUUUUUUGGCAGAUUGAAUGUGCUGUAUUGAUAUGUAUCUAUGUAAUUGUAUGUCAUAGCUAAUUCACAUUUUAAAUAAUGUUAUUUUAUUUACUUUUUUAAGAGAGAAGAAUGUAAAUUUUGUCAGUUUAUUUCUGACUAGGGAUUUUUUUUUAUUUACAAACAAAAUACUUUACUAUAGUACAGAGCGGUACUAGCAUCAUGCUGUAUAAAAUCAUUUGUACAUUCCUGAUUAGAGGUAAAUUUAAAACAACACCCAAAGGUCACACUCUCAAAAUAAUGCUUGAGUUUUGACAGGACUUUAUACAGAUGUAGAAACCAACUUUGUUAGAAGAACUUUUGCCAUAUGAUCUAUAAUUGGAAUGUGAGCUCUUUAAUACAUUUUUCUUGGCAAAUGCACAGCACGUUAGUCUUACCUCUCUGAUGGCUUUUAUUGGAAAAGUGAAUUUAAAAACUAUUGUAGCCUGUUGUACAAAUGUACUAACAGUUAUACAUUGCCACUUCCCUAAAAACACCAUAUGACAGAAUAUAAUACAGAAGUGUUUGAAAGGUUAUGAAAACCUUAAAUGUAACAAAACAAAAAAAAAUCAUCAGUGUCCAGUGAGUUAAGAUAUUUUAUUUAAUAAAUCUACAGCAGGUAGAUAUAGAAGAUAAAAAGUGACACUGAUGUUCUAAAUGGAUCAUGAGAAUAAUUAGUCUUGUUAUAUAUGGCAUUAUAAAGUUGCUCCUGAUUUUCCAUGGUUGACUCUGGGGUACAUGAUAAUAUCCCUUCUUUUAAGAUGGGAAUAGAUUGACAUCCCAGAUAUGGUGAUAUAAAUGGAAUUGUGGCAAAUAGAGGGCAAUGGAGCCUAAAGGAGUUUUUUUGUUUUGGGGGGGUUAGGGGGUGCAGGGGCUUGGGGUGGAGUGGGAAGGGAGAGUUGGUUUUAAGUUUUGUAUAAAAACAAAAAACAAAAGUUUACUCAUGCUUUGUAGUUAUAUUGUGAUUGCAAAACUUUUCAAGAGUGUGUGCCACUGGGAUACUUCUGGUAUGUUUUAGGUAAGUUGAACCUGUGGCAAAUGUUUAGAUCAUUUGAGCAUGUUCUGGGGAGGGAAAAAAUCUUCAAAAUGCCAUGGCAAGCUUUUCAUGAAUCACCUAACACAGCAUUGCAGUACGCCAGUUUACAAAAACGUAUCUUCCUUUUUCAAUGACACAGCAGUUCCCACUUGCAAUGUAUUUCUUUGCUGGUUUUGUUGGGUUUGGUUUUGGGGUUUUUUUGGUCAAUUGAUGGUUUCUACUAUGCCUUAUAGAGCAGAAGUUUGUGCCUCUAACAUGAAGCUGAGGGCAAAAACAACAAAAUUGAAACCCUUUCAACUUUGCCAAAACAGUGUGUUUUUGUUGAAUAUCAUAAAUGGGGGAGGAGGAAAAGAAAACCUCUUGGGAACCUGUGUAUACUAGAUGUUCACUAGCACAAGAAAGCUGUAAUAUGUGUUUUACAAAAACCUUCAACUUGCCUUUUUCACAAAUUAACUGGAACUGUCCUGAGGUAUAGAGGAUAAUACAACUAUAAGGGCAGUUUUACUUUUUAUAAUUAAGACUAUUUUGAUUGUCAAGGUGUAUGAACUGUAAUUUUUAAUCAUACUGCCACAUGAUUUUGAAUCAUUUUUUUAAGUCUGAAAGUUGAGAAGAGACUUUUUAUGCUGGAUAUCAGUCAGAACUGACUGCAUGAUUUGCAAAAACUUUAAAUGGAGGGGGAAAAGGGCUGCAUAUUAAGAUACCGCUAGACUCCCCGCUUUUGGUUGUAAGAUGCAAAUGACCUUCAAAUUACUCACUCUCAUGACCCUUCUCUUGUUUUGCAUUCCUCACAAAAGAUUGAAAUAAUAGGAAAACACAGAAACAUGUUAACCCACUUGAAAAAAAUAAAAUGUACCCAAAUAAUUUAUUACAUGUGCUGCUGUUCUUGAAAGUCUCUGUAAGGGUUACCCUGCAUACUAACUACUACAUUCAUUUGUUUAACUAAUGAUGUGUGCACAAUAUGUUAACAUGGCCUCCAAAGACCUACCUCUAGUUUAAAAACCAAUUAUAUAGUCCAUAUGUGUCUUUGGGAUUUCAUCAUGUUGUCACCAUCUGACUAGAAAAUUAAAGUGGCUUCUUGCAUGAGGUUAACUGCUGUAUUUUGGACAUUUAGACAUCUGCUUUUUUUGUAAUUACAAUUCUCGUUUUGGGCAUAAUCCAUACAUUUUACAGUUUAGUAUGCACUAAUAAUUUAUAUCCUUUAUCCAUGUCCCAUGGUCAAUUCAGUAAUGAUCUUGCCUACCAGCUCCUCAAACAUGUGUUCAAAACUGCUGUUUUUUUCUCCUCACUCUUCACACAGCAUUUGUUCAGCCAUAUGAUUCUGAGUUACAUCAAACAAAAAAGAAAUAUCAUUUAAGUGUAAGUAAAAUCCCACUGAGUCAUUGCUUUGCUGGUUAAAGGGAAUACUAUAACUCUCACAUAAGCUUUAUCUCUUAAAGAAAAAAAGGGAGGGGGGGUAUUCAAGUGAAUAUUAAAGUGAUGGUGAGGAAAAUAUUUAAUAAAAUCAGCCAGACAAAUUUGAUUGUAAGGAAUUGUUUUUUUCAAAGGAUACUCUAAUCUGCAAACUGUUGCUGGAUACUUCACAUAUCCACCUGGAGGUGGUCCUUUUUUGACCUGUAUAUUUAGGGAGUUUUGUCAGAUACAUUUUUAACUUACAGUAUUUAAAAAAUCAUACUUGCUGUUCUUAAAAUGUCAUUCAAAUGCAUGUAUUGUCUGUUUGGGGAUGGGAAAUAGUUUUUGAAAAAAACUAAUGUUGUAUAAAUACUGCCCCCAAAUUAUCUUGCUGGUUAAAAAUACAGUAUUUUUGGCCAUAA